GCAGUCAUACGCUCAGCGUGAAUGGCGUUACGCUGAAGAUAAUGACGGGCGACGUGAGGAGCCGCCCGAGUUUUAUUUGCGGGCCCACACGAGACGAGAUGGGAUGGUGCAGGACGCAGUUAGGCCCAUUUAUGAGCGGCUUCUUGAUACCCACCAAAGACUUUCCCAAGUGCCCAAUACCCCGCCUACGCAGACAUAUGUAGACGCUUUAGGGACACGAUCGGGACAUACUCGUGUUGUUGGGCGUGUGGUUAGGGGAACACGUGGACUGAAUGUCCCCCUCCCAGAUGAUAUAGAGCAACCCUUCCCAGCCCAGCAGUCACCGUCCUUUAACGUCAAUGAUAUGUUCGCCCAGGGUAGCCCUUGGACCCAGUCAUCAUUCGAAGCCGGACCUAGCACGUCAUCAUCCCAUGCUGGGCCUAGCACGUCACGGGCCCCCACACAGCGGUUGGGUAGUGAUAGUGAUAGUGAUAGUGAUGAUGAAAGUGAUUAGUUUUCCUUUUUUUUUUAUUGUUUGUAUUCAUCGUUUAACUGAAGUGUGAUUUCCUUUUGUAAUCUUCAUUUGCGUGAUAUAAUCAUUUGUAUUUUUUAUGUUU